AUGUACGCCGGUUUCGUUCGAAAAUUAUGGCCAAAGUACAUCCUCCGUGCUCUGUUCGAGCAUCGUGUUUUCCAAGGCGAAAGAUAAAUCCAGAGUCGAGCCUGAGACCUUAGAAACGAUAAAUGCCUUCUCGAAACGUACGAAUCUCGAUUAUUUUUUUUUUUUUUUUUUAGGCCACAUAACCAGUGGAGCAGCAGCUCGCGUAUUCUCGCGGUCAGUUUACUGGUUUACGAAGGUGCGCGGUUUAGAAAUAGAAUCGGCGCAAGAAAUUGUUUCCGUGGCGUAAAAACAUCAGGCGUGAGCGAACAUUCGAACGAGAAACGUGCGAAUGAGAAGCCCUUGAGUACUGAUUGUGAACGAAAUGGAGCAAAGCAGAAAAGAGGAACUGGUCACGCAGUGCCAACUGACUGGUUUACGUUAACAACAGACGCGGAGAAAUACGCAUUUUUCUUUUCAUCGUUUAGUGGUUUACUCGACGGUGAAACACCGUGCGCUCGACUUUUGUCUUUCAGGAGCACAGUCCUUUCUUACAGAGUCCCGAGAUACGCGUUGAUAACUGGAAUUUCAUCAAUUUUGGGAUCAUUAAACUUUAUUGUGACAAUCUUUAUGAUAAAAGAUUUUUCUUUAAAUUAUGAUCCAGUCAAUUUUUUUUUUUUUUUUGAUGAUCAAUUUCAAUUACUGUUAUUUUACCAAUUUUAUCAUUAACUAUUAGUAUAUAUAGUAUAGUAUAAAUUUUUCUUUAAAUUAUGAGUCAAUUUUUUUUUUUUUGAUGAUCAAUUUCAAUUACUGUUAUUUUACCAAUUUUAUCAUUACCUAUUAGUAUUAGCUGGUGCUAUUACUAUAUUAUUAUUUGAUUAUUUUCGAAAUUUUAAUACAUCAUUUCUUGAUCCUAUAGGGAGGAGAUCCAACUCUAUAUCAACAUUUAUUUCGAUUUAUUUUUGGACAUUUGUAUUUUACUAUUACUGUGUUUUACUAUCUUACCAGAAGUUUGUAUUUUAAUUUUGCCAGGAUUUCGACUAAUUUCACAAAUUACUAUUAAACGAAAGGGGGAAAAAAGAAGUUUUUGGAAAUUUAAGAAUAACUUAUACAAUAUUAGGAAUUGGAUUUUUAGGAUUAAUUAGAUAUUGAUACACGAGCUUAUUUUACAUCAUUAUUUUACAAUAAUUAUUGCAAUUCCUACUGGAAUUAAAGUAUUUAGAUUAUUUACAUCCAUCUACUUAUCACGGAUCGAAAUUAAGAUUCAAUAUUUCAUUUAUGUGAUCAAUUGGAUUUAUUUUAAUAUUUACAAUUGGAGGAUUAACAGGAAUUAUACUUUCAAACUCAUCAAUUGAUAUUAUUUUACAUGAUGCAUACUAUGUUGUAGGUUAUUUUCAGUUAUUGCAAGAUUUAUUCAUCGAUUCCCAUUGAUACCAGCAUUAAUAAUAAAUCAAAACUGAUUAAAAUUUCAAUUUUUCUUCAUAUUUAUUGGUGUAAAUUUAACUUCUUUCUCUCAACAUUUUUUAGGAUUAAUAGGAAUACCACGACGAUAUUCAGAUUAUCCUGAUUCGUAUUAUUGUUGAAAUUUUUCAUCGUCAAUUGGAUCAAUAAAUAGAUUAUUAUUUUUUUAUUUAUGUUACUUAUAAAAAAUUUAUAUCUGAACGAUUUAUUUUAUUUAUUUAAAUUUAGUCAAUAUUCAUUAA